CCCGAGACGGACCUGAGGGUUACAGGCCAGCAGAAGGCACGACCGCCUGAACAUUGCAUGAUACCUUGGGUCACUCACGUUUGAUGAGGGUAUCCACUGCAGGACGAGGCAGUCGCGGGAGGGGGACAGGGCUUCCAUAAGGCUGGACUGUCCUGUAACCAGUAGACUGCUCUGUCCUGUAAUGGAGGUCUAAGUGCCAGGCCGGAUUGAAAAGAUCGACAUGGCAAGGAGCGAGCCAAUUCAGAUCGCUGCUCAAAGUGCAGAAUCCGAUGUUUGGAUGGAGAGUUAAGCGACCGGCCAGAUCGAAAAGGUCAAGGUGUAGGGGCCCGAGGCGAGGUACAGGCCAAUUAAGAAUUGAAUGGGGUACAAGAGUUGUAUGGCGCACCCUGAACUUGUGUGUGAAAAAAUUGACGCAUGGAACGUAAAAGAUCUAAACAGAACUUGUGGCUAUAGUGGUUAGAAAUAAAAAAGGAGAAAUCACAGAUGGAACUAUAGAGAUCGUAUUCCUUUGAACAGGACUGCAAAAAAUUACAGAUCGAAGAGUAGAUUUAUUCCUUGUCUCCAUUUAAUACAGAAGGACCUCACUCUGCUUAGAUUCCUUCUAUCUACCAACGAUGAACGUCACAACGGAAUAUCCAGAUUAUAGUGACUAUGAAUUUAUUUGUGAUAAAGAGCCCGUCAACGAUUUUGCAAAGCAACUGAUGCCUCCAUUUUAUUCACUUGUGCUGAUGUUGAGUCUACUUGGAAAUGGACUGGUUUUGGUGAUAUUGGUAAAAUAUGAAUACCUAAAAACAAUUACAAAUAUAUUCAUUCUUAAUCUUGCCAUUUCAGAUUUGCUUUCUGCUAUUAGCCUCCCCUUCUGGGCAGUGCACCAUAUAUUGGGAUGGAUCUUUGGGAAUGUAAUGUGCAAAAUAAUGAGUGCAGUAUUUAAUAUUGGCUUUUACAGUGGCAUAAUGUUCCUAACACUGAUGACAAUUGAUCGGUACCUUGCAGUUGUUCACGCAAUAAGUGCUGUGAGAUCCAGAAAAGUUCGCUACGCAGCAAUAACAAGCACUUUUGUCUGGCUAGUUAGUAUAAUCGCAACCAUCCCUGAGUUUCUGUUUUCCGAAUCUAUGAAGGGCGAUGAUAAUAAGUUUAUUUGUGACAAUACCUACCCAAAAUCUACUUCAGUUCCAUGGAUACUAUUGAAAAAUUCUCAACAAAAUGCAUUGUUCUUCAUUCUUCCAUUGAUUAUCAUCGUAUACUGCUAUUUUAAGAUAAUUCAAACAAUAAUAAAGUGCAGAACAGUACAGAAACACAGGACCCUAAGAGUAAUAUUCUCCAUUGUAGUGGUCUUUUUCCUGUGUUGGGCACCAUACAAUGUUGUGAUUUUUUUGAGAUCUUUGGAGGAGCUCAAUAUACUAGAUUCUCAGAACUGUGAUUAUGAUAAACGCAUGGAUUAUGCAUAUACCAUCUCUCACAGCAUAGCUUAUUUCCAUUGCUGCCUCAAUCCCAUUUUUUAUGCUUUUGUUGGUGAAAAAUUUAGAAGGCACCUAAUUUAUUUCUGCGGCCAUUGUAUACCCUAUAGUCUGGCUUGUCCUGUGCAGAUAAGUGUCAGCAGGAAUACCAAUUUAGAAGGAUCUGAUGGAAAUGAUACAACAAAUAACUGGUAAAAACAUGCAAGGUAGAACAGCACAGCAGAGGGCCUGGCCUGUUUCCACCCACUGUGAUGCAAAGAGCAUUGUGUGCAGAGCUGAUUGCCACACCACAGGAAAGUUGUGGAGGAUUUGGAAAGAACAGGAAAGGUUCGCCAGGAUUUUGCUGGAUUAGGGAAUAUUAUCCAUAAGGAGACACUAGAGGAUUAGAAACUAAGGGGCAACCUGAUAGAAAUAUAUAAAUUUACGAAAGGCGUAGAGAGGGUAAAUUGUCAGAUUCGAAUUCAGAUUCUUUUAUCCCAGGGCAGAAAUAUCGAUAUGACAAGGCACAGAUUUUAUGGUGGGGGGUUGGGAAGUCUUAAAGGAGAUUUGUGAGCCAAGUUUUCUUCCUAAGCAGAGAGUGGUAGUUGCAUGGAGCAUGCUGCCAGUGGAAUUGUUUGAAGUAGGUACACUCGCCACAAUUAAGAGGUAUUUGGACAAACACGUGGAUCGUCAAGAGAGCAGAGGGAUAAAAGUGGUGCAUGCUAAUAGGAUUAUUUUGAUUGGUAGCUUGGUCAAUGCACACAGUUUGGACCAAAGGGCCGGUUCCUAUGCUGUACUGUUCCAUUAAGUUCUACAUUCAAAGGCAUGCUGACUCUCCCUAAUAAGCCAAUGCUUUUCCAAACAUGUGUAAAUCUUAUUCCUAAGAAUCUUCUUCAAUAGUUCCCUACUGCCGAUGUGAGUCUCAUUCCCCAGUUUGUUGUCGUUGCCCUUCCUAAACAAAGGGACAACAUUAUCUAUUGCCCAGCCUUCUAAAGAUGAUGCUAAGUUCUUUGCUGAACCCCAGCAAUCUCCACCCUGAGGUAAAUUCUAUCAGGCCAUGAGGAAUUAUCUCCCUUAAUGUUUUUCAAGCCAAUAAGUUCCACCUUAUUAUCAACAUUCCUUAAAAUAUCAACUUAUCCCUCCCUAAACUCACCAUCCAUACUCUUCUUCUCGAUGAAUGCAGUUGAAAAGUACUCAUUUAGCACAUACCCAUUUCCUGUUGCUCCAUACAUAAAUUCCCUCUUACUUCCUUGAUCAUCUAACCUUUUCCCAGCUACUUUCUUGCUCCCUUUGUAUAUAUAAUACUUUGUUUUUUAAAUCUGUUUUAGAAAGUAUAUUUGAAGUCAAAUUAUUACCUUUGCAAUUUAUGAUGCCUUCGUUUAGUAAAUGUGAUGAUAAGUUUUGAUGUAAAAUAAUGAGAUGUUAAGAAAUCUAAACCAGAAAGCGACAUAUCAGAAAUGUUUGAAAUGUUUUUUUACUCUCAACUUCAGACUGGCUUCUCAGCACAAAUGUAGCCAUGCUUUCAUUCAUGAUCAGCUUUGUGUUGCUUUUGAAUUCAAUAUCACUUCUGUAACUUUAACUUGUCUACAUGUCCUGGGAUUGAGAAAUUGUGCUACUAAUUAUUGCUGAGCCUGACAAUGUU